AUGGAUGAGUGCAUUUCAAUUAAGGCAGAGGAUAACAAAUCAAAUUCAUGCUCGGGUGGAGAAGAGUAUGAGUUGAGUGACAUACCUUGCUCACAUGCUCUUAGAGCCAUUAUCAACCAAAAACAAUACCCAUUUGACUUUGUGAGCCUGUUUUACUCAGUAGACUCCUACAAAAUAGCUUAUGAAUCUGCAAUCAUGUCAAUGAGUGAUGACCUAAUGAACCAAGGGAUAAGAGAAAGAGGCCAGCUUGUCCAUACAAGCUUAAAAAGCACAAACAUCUAUAAGGGUACAAAAUGCCAUGAAAAAGGUCACAAUGCUAUAACAUGCAAGGUUACUAAACAAAACACCGGAGAAGUGGAGAAUUCUAGUGAUGCACCACAACAACAUGAAGAAAAUGCAAAUGCCAAUAUCCCUAACAGGAGGGAGAAGUUAAAGGUUACUAAGAAAAACACAGGUGAAGUGGGAAAAUCUUGUGAUGCACCACAGGAGUCCAUG